CUCUGAGCUAUAUGCCAAAUUCUAAUUAAUUUAGCUUCAGAUUCAAUAAUAAUUCAGUCAUAUGAUGAAGAUUUUAAAACAAUAUCAUGAGCUAUUUGGAAGAUACAGUGAAUGUGUGGAAAGCCAUUCUGGAAAGAGUUUGUAGCAACACGGCUUGAGGACUGAUGGUGGUGCAAAGGGCUGCUAGUAAUUAUCUAAUGCCUUUAAUGUGUGGUUGUUUGCAAGACAAUAUGAAACAAAAGGUAGAAAAACGAUUCAGGAGCCUGGGAGAUGUUCAAACGCCAUAAACCUUCACUUACACGAUGAAUAAAUUAUGGGAUCCAAUGUGCAACAUGAUGACUACAGUUAAUAGCAAUUUAUUUUAUGCUUCAAAUUUGCUAAGGGACACAAAAAAUUCAGUGAUGAGUUAAUUAAUUAGACUAUGAUAUUCAUUUCACAAUGUACACCUAGGUAAAUCAUCGCAUUGUGAAAUGAUUGUGGUAACUAUUUCACAAUGCAUAUGUAUGUCAAGCCAUCACAUUGUACAUUACAUCGUGCACAUAUAUCAAGUACAUGCAACUUUUGUCAAUUAUACCUCAAUAAAGCCAGAAAAAGGAAAGUCCGUAUCAAAAAUCUCAACAGCACCAUCUAGUGCCUCACAGAAUAAUAUUGCCCAAUUUGGAGAAAAUUAACAAAAGGCUAACAAAAAAGACUGGAUUAACUUCAGGCAGUUUUCCAUCCCUCCACAACUGCAUCUGAAUUCAGAGACAAUCAGAGAGGCAGGUGACUAGAAAAAAAAAAAAUGUAAAGGUUAAGAAUGGUGAUCUCAUUUUUCUCUCUGGUCUCAGAAUUAUUCCUUUUCAUGUUUUGUAGAUUAUACCAACAGUUCUUGGGACAUCUGGGACAACUGAAUGCAUAGAUGACACAUCCUCAACAACAAAUAUAACUUUUAGGAGCUGUAAACCUGAGAGGCUCCAGGUGAAAAUUCCUAGAAAAACAUGGAUCAAGCUGGAAAUCUGACAGUGUCUUCCGCCAGUAAUAAUACAUGCCUUGGCGCUAUUGAAGACUUCCGUAAUCAAGUGUAUUCCACCUUAUACUCUAUGAUCUCCGUUGUGGGCUUCUUUGGAAAUGGUUUCGUGCUCUAUGUCCUCAUAAAAACAUAUCAUGAGAAAUCAGCCUUCCAAGUUUAUAUGAUUAACUUAGCAAUAGCAGAUCUUCUGUGUGUGUGCACACUGCCUCUGCGGGUAGUCUACUAUGUUCACAGGGGAAUUUGGUUCUUUGGAGACUUUUUGUGCCGCCUCAGCACCUAUGCCCUGUAUGUCAAUCUCUAUUGUAGCAUCUUCUUUAUGACAGCCAUGAGUUUUUUCCGGUGCGUUGCAAUUGUUUUCCCUGUCCAGAAUAUUAAUUUGGUCACACACAAAAAAGCCAGGUGUGUGUGUGUUGGAAUUUGGAUUUUUGUGAUAUUGGCCAGUUCUCCAUUUCUAAUGAACAAAUCUUACAAGGAUGAGAAAAACAAUACCAAGUGCUUUGAGCCGCCACAGAACAGUCAAGCUAAAAAUCAUGUUAUGAUCUUACAUUACGUGUCAUUAUUUAUCGGCUUCAUCAUUCCUUUUGUUAUUAUAAUUGUCUGUUACACAAUGAUCAUUUUGACCUUGCUAAAAAAGUCAAUGAAGAAAAAUCUGUCAAGCCGUAAAAAGGCUAUAGGAAUGAUCAUAAUUGUUACAGCUGCCUUUUUAAUCAGCUUCAUGCCGUAUCAUAUUCAACGCACGAUCCACCUUCAUUUUUUGCACAAUGCAACAAAACCCUGUGAUUCUGUUCUUAGAAUGCAGAAGUCAGUGGUCAUAACCUUGUCUCUGGCAGCAUCAAAUUGUUGCUUUGACCCCCUCCUAUAUUUCUUUUCAGGGGGGAACUUUAGGAGAAGACUCUCUACAUUUAGAAAGCAUUCUUCGUCCAGCAUGAAUUAUGUACCCAAGAAGAAGACCUCCUUGCCAGAAAAAGGAGAAGAAACAUUUAAAGAAUGAACUCAUCCCCAGUGCAACAUAGCAAAGAGCUUCACAAGUUUUUACUUCUCAAAUCACUUGCAAUCAUAAUAAAAUUUUCAUUAAUAAUUUACAAACGCUUAAUGUUUGCCUAUAAAUC